CCAUGCCGCCCAUGCCGCCCAUGCCGCCCAUGCCGCCUUGCAUCCCCGGUUGACAUGCUCCGCACUUCAACUCCGCAAUCAAACUCAGCAAUAUGGUCCAGACACUCGGAUCGUGCCGAAUGCGUGUCCGCGGAAUGUAAUAUAGGGUAACAUGACCGGGGGUGAAAUUUCCUCCUAUGAGGUCCUUCUCUAAAGUUACCAAAUGGCAAUGGUCAUAUGGCGAUGUUACUCCAGCAUCUACCAUGACCAAGGGGCAAGCAAAGGGGUUUUUUACCUAGUCUCUGAGUUGAGUCGGUUUCUUUCUGCGUAUAUCAUGGCUGCGUUUCUCGUCUGUCGUUUCGUCUCCGUCUUGUCAGCACGCCUUGGCUUCUUUCUCUGUUUCUCUGGUAGACUGUUGUGACGUAGUCAGUCGGUGAGUGCAGGCUACAGUCAACAUGGGCUGCUUCGCCUUCUUCGUUACCCUGCUGCUUGCAGUCAGUUCUUAUAUCCAUCCAUCAUUGGCUCAGAGCAGCACUCCAACGGUCUACACUGACCCGGACACGGGCAUCAUAUUCGAUACAUGGAUCGUUCCAGCAACUGGUAGUGGCGCUUCGGGCGUGACUACUUAUGGUGGACUUAAGUUUGGAAUGGCAUUGCCUGAGGAUGGUCUUACAACCGAUGCAACCGAAUUCAUUGGAUAUCUGCAAUGCGCAUCCAAUAGCUCCAUAGCCACAGGAUGGUGUGGCAUAUCCCUCGGUGGUCCGAUGACCAACAGCCUACUUCUCAUGGCUUGGCCUUACGAUGGCGAGAUUCUGACUGCAUUCCUUUGGGCCACUGGCUACGACACACCAGUUCAGUACACUGGUGAUGCAACCCUUACACAGAUCUCUUCUACCGUCAACUCGACCCACUUUACGCUACUUUUCCACUGCCAGGGCUGUCUGGCUUGGGACCAAGAUGGUGCUACCGGUAGCAACCCAACGAGCGACAGUGCAGUAGUGCUCGGCUGGUCACAGGCUAUUGCUGCACCAUCCAACCCCCAGUGCCCGGCAUCGGUCACUAUGGCGCAACACGAAGCUCAGAGCAUCUUCGGUGCCGUCCUUGACAGCAAUGCUGCGAACCCAUCGUACAGCGAAUGGGCAGCAUUAGCGACCAACACCGUGACAGGAGCCUGUGGUGGUGCGACGGCAACGCCCACAACCACGGUUACUACUACUGGCACUGUCACCACCACCUCGACUACCGCUACAGCUACAGUCUCAGGGGUACCUGUCCCGACCGCGACAUAUGACUACAUCAUUGUUGGUGGAGGCGCAGGUGGAAUUCCGUUGGCAGACAAGUUGAGUGAGGCAGGAAAGAGUGUUUUGCUCAUUGAGAAGGGCCCACCGUCUUCUGGCCGCUGGGGCGGAACUCUCAAGCCUGACUGGCUUGAUGGCACCAACCUGACGCGUUUCGAUGUUCCAGGACUGUGCAACCAGAUCUGGGUUGACAGCGCAGGUAUUGCUUGCACCGACACGGACCAGAUGGCUGGCUGUGUUCUCGGCGGUGGUACAGCUGUGAACGCUGGAUUAUGGUGGAAACCCAAUCCCAUUGACUGGGACUACAACUUUCCUACCGGCUGGAAGUCUACUGACAUGUCUGCUGCAGCGGGUCGAGUCUUCUCGCGCAUCCCCGGCACAGAUCACCCAUCCAUGGAUGGCACGCUGUAUCUGCAGCAGGGUUUCAACGUUCUCGCCAGUGGCCUCAAGGCUGGUGGCUGGGCUGAAAUCACGGCAAACAGUGUCCCUGACCAGAAGAACCACACCUACGCUCACACUCCGUAUAUGUUCUCGAACGGAGAGCGUGGUGGACCUAUGGCUACAUACCUGGUGUCGGCCCAUGCUAGAUCCAACUUUAAAUUGUGGACUGACACCACGGUCAAACGUGUUAUUCGCACAGGUGGCCACAUCACUGGUGUUGAAGUCGAGCCUCAAGCCGCUGGAGGUUACGCUGGUGUCGUCAAUGUCACGCCCAUCAGCGGUCGUGUCAUUCUUUCCGCUGGAACAUUUGGCUCAGCUAAGCUGCUUCUGCGGAGUGGCAUUGGCCCCGCAGACCAAUUGGCUGUAGUGAAAGGUUCAUCUGACGGCCCAACGAUGAUUUCCAACUCAUCGUGGAUCACUCUCCCUGUUGGAUACAACUUGGAGGAUCACACAAACACUGAUACCGUCAUCUCUCACCCUGACGUUGUAUUCUACGACUUCUACGAGGCCUGGGACAACCCCAAUGCCACUGACGAAAGUCUGUAUAUGGACAAGCGAUCCGGCAUUCUCACCCAAGCAGCGCCAAAUAUCGGACCAAUGUUCUGGGAUGAGAUCAGUGGCGCUGAUGGCAUCGUUCGGCAGCUGCAGUGGACAGCCAGGGUGGAGGGAAGCCUUGGUGUGGAGAAUGGCAAAUCGAUGACGAUGAGCCAGUAUCUGGGUCGUGGCGCCACCUCCAGAGGCCGUAUGACCAUCACCAACAGUUUGAACACUGUUGUGUCCACGCUGCCUUAUCUGAAUGACAAGAACGAUGUCCUCGCCGUCAUCCAGGGCAUCAAGAAUCUGCAGGACGCCUUGAAAAACGUCGCUAAUCUAACCUGGGAAUUCCCCGACGCAGAUACAUCCGUCGAAGACUAUGUAAACAAUAUGCUCGUGUCCUACACCAACCGCCGCUCCAACCACUGGAUCGGCGCCAACAAAAUGGGCACCGACGACGGGCGGUCCGGCGGCUCCGCUGUCGUCGAUACCAACACCAAGGUCUACGGCACCGACAACCUGUUCGUCGUCGAUGCGAGUAUCUUCCCUGGCCACGUCACCACCAAUCCCUCGAGUUACAUCGUGACCGUGGCGGAGCGGGCGUACGAGCGCAUUUCGGCGCUGGCGACGGCGACACCGGGGGCUAAGUUUGCGCAGUGUGACGGGGCCACUUGGACGGGCAGUUUUCAGUGUGCGGAUGGGUUGACUUGUACGAUGAAGGAUGUGUAUUAUUCGCAAUGUCUGUGAUUGAUGGGAUAGCGUUGAUAAGUGGCGGUGAUGAGCUUUUGUUCUUGCAUACAUUAGAUCGAUGCCAAGUGUCGUAGGCGGGAUAUAUAACUCGCACCGAGCAUAGAAGAAUCUGUCAAAUUCGUUGUCCA